CGGCUCGUCCGAUCACACGCCACGUGUCCUAUCUUUGCCUCCUCCCCUCUGCUCCGUCUCCCUCUCCCUCGAUCUCUCUUUCUGAGGAAGCCAACGACAACGGCUCGGACUCUCCGCCAUCUCCCUCCCUUUCUUGCUCCCUCUCUGCCACCCCGUCACCCCCGCCAUCGCCAUGAGUUUCGCCAUUGAGCGAGCUUUCAGUGAUCAGUUGCUGAUGCCACGGGGAGAGAUCUCAGCCAUCCGCCAAGUGCAUCAUUCGCGGAUCAGCCCCGACUUCAUGCGCCUUGCGCAGUUCGUCUGCACUGCGGGUGUAUACGGCGUGGCAGAGUUCCGAUUCACGAGCAAUCCCCAAGUAGUGGUGCUGGCCGAGGCAACGACGUUCCAAUGGCGAACGGCCCCGGGAAUCAGCCACGUGUCUACCGUGAUAGUCUUCGGCGGCGACAUCACCGCCUUCGAUCCGGCGCGGCAAGCCGCCAUCAAAAGCACCUUGUACCGGUGGGGUCGCGAUCUGGCCACUGAUUGGGAUCAACGGCUCACAAGGCACAGUGACGAGUGUUAUCCUGUGGAUGGCAUCGAAGUCAACACGCUGCGCACGACGCUACGCGAGCCACCUUGGGCGGCGCUGAGAGCAGAAGAGGAGGCCGAAGAGGAAUCGGAAGGAGAAUUGAGGAGAGAGGCCGGGGAAGCAGCGGCCCGAUCGGUCGAGGACGAGGAAGAACAGUGCGAAGCAGAAGAAGAGUCGGCGGAAGCUGAAGAAGAAGAAGAAGAAGCAGAGGAGGAGACUUCGGAGGAAAAGAAAGAGGCCUAUAGCGAGUACAGCGAGGGCGAGCAAAGUGAGGAGGAGGACGAAGACGACGAAGAAGUGGAAAGCGGGGACGACCAGGAGCCAACGCAUGACAAGCUCGAGUGGGUGCCAGGACCGGAUCGGCGAGAGGAGAACCCGGAGGCUGCUGCGCAGCGCAAGAAAGAGAUCGCGGAAGGAAAGCGGUUGGCGAUCGAUCCCGCACCGAACGAUCCUUUCAAGGAUCCCGAUCCGCCCAAGCCGAAACAUGGAGACCUUGCUGCCACGACCUUGGGAGGCGCGACGACAAGGCGCCGAUCCCGAUCACGAUCCACGUCCCCCUCCGCCUCCGCCCGUCCCCCAAUUCGUCAACGUGUCAAUGAGGGGCUUAGCCCUUCGUCCCCGAUCCAUAUACCACCAUCCCCUUAGCUAUCUCUCUUUCAAUCAGUAUUUCCAUC